AUGGAUGCCUCGAGCAGCCAGUGGAGUACGCAAUCGCCCGAACAGUCGUGUGAGCUGUACAUUCGAGACUAUCCGCAUCGAUCGAUAGCUAUUGUAUCGGCAACACAUGCCCUGAUUCUGCGGUAUAGCUCCACCGCUACCGAAUUCAGUGCGAAUGGCUCGCAGGUCUCCCUUCCGUCCACUCGCUCGCAUGGGCAUGGCAACGUAACUGCUGCAAAAUGCAUGGUGGAGUUUUCACCAUUGUCCCAAGAGCUUCUUAAGGAUUACCGCCCUUUAACAAGCCGGCCGAUAUAUGGAACCUUGGGACUGAUAUCUAUCAACGGUGAUGUCUUUCUAUCAGUCAUCAAUCAUGCCGCGAGAGCAGCCACGGUUCGCCCUGGAGAGACGGUGGAGAGGAUUCUUAGUGUAUCGUUUUACUGUCUAAGCAGUGCAGACUACGACGAUGUCGUCCCUCUCGACUCCCUCGACCCCGACCUCUCCGACGGCUCGUCCAUUCAUAGUCGCGAUGGCCCGUAUGCACAAGGACUUGGCCGACGAGAUAUACCUACAGAACACCAUCCGUGCCAUGAUCUGCGAAAGAUUUUGAGCAAUGGAUCAUUUUAUUACAGUACUGACUUUGACGUCACAACCCGACUACAAGAACGACCCGUUAACUCGAACUCGUUCCAAAUUGAUGACUUUGACGACACAUAUCUUUGGAACUCAUAUAUGAUUAGCCCUUUGGUACAGUUUCGAUCACGCCUUAUGCCUCAAGAACAGGCCGCACUAGACAAAUCUCGCAUCCUCACCUCCGCUAUCCGAGGCUUCUGCAAGACAAUGACAAUACCCCAAAGUGGAUGUCCAUUAAAGGGCAACACGGGCCGGGCAUCUCUUUUGACCCUGAUAUCGAGGUUAUCUUGUCGUAGAGCAGGAACUAGGUUCAACGCGCGUGGAAUGGACGACGAUGGCCAUGUUGCCAACUUUGUUGAAUCAGAGACCGUCUUCUGGAGCCCAUCGGGGACAGUCUUUUCGUAUGCUCAAGUUCGAGGCUCUAUACCUGUAUUUUGGGAGCAGGCUGCGGAUUUGAUACCUGGCCGCCAAAAGAUUACCCUUACGAGAUCGCCGGAUGCAACACAACCCACGUUCAAUAAGCACUUUGAGGAGCUGGAAAGAGAGUACGGCGCGGUUCACAUCAUCAACUUACUAAGCAACACGAAGCCUGGUGAAGUUGAACUUGGAGGCGCUUACAAGAUUGGCAUACGAAACUGUCCGCUUAGCCAGCCUUCACCAGGUGGCUCAGCUGACAAUGUUCUAUUGCGAGAGACUCACUACGAUUUCCACGCAGAGACAAAGGGUCCUGCUGGUUAUGAGGCAGCGAGGGACAUUCGCCGAUAUAUUGAACAGUCUACGGAUAGCUUUGCUUACUAUCUAGCAGACGAAGCUGAUGAUACGGGUCGCCAUGACAAAAAGGGCGGCGUCUCCCGCUUGAUCGUCGUUCUCCAGCAAGAAGGGGUAUUCCGAACCAACUGCUUGGACUGUUUGGAUCGAACCAAUCUCAUCCAAACUAUGAUUUCACAAAUGGCGAUGGAAACGUUCCUCGAACACCGAGGAGCGAGAGCUAGCCCUGAUUUUUGGAUGCGCCAUUCGACACUUUGGGCUGACAAUGGUGAUUCGUUAUCCAAGAUUUAUGCGGGCACUGGGGCUCUAAAGACUUCAUUUACUCGAUCCGGCAAGAUGUCGCUCGCUGGUGCAGUAGCCGAUAUGCGCAAGUCGGUCCAAAGAAUCUAUCACAACAACUUUGUGGAUCCAUCCCGUCAACAUACAAUUGACAUGCUCUUGGGAAGGCUCAUAGGUCAAGCCCCUGUUGAUCUGUUUGAUCCAAUUAGCGACUACGUAUCAGCUGAGCUGAACAAACGCAGCCAAGAGUUCACCAAGGUCGAGUCUAUUAGUAUAUGGGCCGGCACGUUUAAUCUAAAUGGUAAAACAGAGGGCUUGAAUCACGACCUUUCCUCCUGGCUGUUUCCACCAGCAGUAAAACCUCAGCAGCUGCCUGACAUAUAUGUCGUCGCAUUUCAGGAGAUUGUCGAACUGAGCCCACAGCAAAUUAUGAACAGUGAUCCCUCGCGGAAAUAUCUUUGGGAACAGGCGGUCCAACGAACCCUCAACCAACGACAAUCAGACUUGGGUGGCGAGCAUUACGUGCUCCUACGGAGCGGGCAGCUAGUCGGUGCAGCGCUCUGCAUAUUUGUUAAGGCAUCGGCACUACCCAGCAUAAAAAAUGUGGAAGGCAGUGUAAAGAAGACUGGUCUCUCGGGAAUGGCCGGCAACAAGGGUGCCGUGGCGAUCCGGUUAGACUACGCCAACACCCAGAUUUGUUUUGUAACUGCCCAUCUUGCAGCUGGCUUUGGUAACUAUGAUGAGCGAAACCGAGACUAUACAACGAUCCAUGAAGGGUUGAGAUUCCAACGAGAUCGAGGCAUAGACAACCACGACACGGUUAUUUGGCUGGGAGAUUUCAACUACCGUAUUGGACUCGGAUCAGAUGCAGCCAAAAAUUUCAUUAGGAACGGCGACCUCGGAAGCUUGUACGAAAAUGACCAACUCAACCUGCAAAUGGUUGCUGGCCUUGCUUUCCAGCACUACUCAGAAAACCGUAUUACAUUUAUGCCCACAUACAAAUUCGAUGUUGGAAGCGAUACAUAUGAUAGCUCUGAAAAGGCGCGAAUUCCUGCGUGGACAGAUCGCAUUUUGCGCAAGGGUACGAAUCUGCGUCAGCUCGCAUACGACUCUGCACCUCUACGGUUUUCAGACCACCGACCCGUAUAUGCCACAUUUGACUGUGAUGUGAACAUUGUCGACCAAGGUCGUCGAGAGAAAAUUAGCCAGGAGCUAUACUUGAGGCGCAAGCAUGACAUUGGUGAUACCACUGCUCACAUUGGAGAUGGUAAUGAAACCGACGAUGAGGAUCUGAUUGGCUAUGACGCUAUUGAGCCUGGGCUUCCACCUGCGAGUUCUGAUCGACAGAAGUGGUGGCUUGAGGGUGGACAGCCUGCAAGAGCACAGGUUACCAGUUCCAAUGGGCAUAAUGGACACAUGACGAUGCUGAACCCCAAUCGGCCGUCGAAUCCGUUUGGCAAGACGACAGAGCCAGACUGGGUGAAGAUAUCGCGAGCUUCUCCAGCCUCGACAACGUCGGCAUCAUCCUAUGGACAAUCUACGAGGUCUAAAACUGUUACAUCAGCAAACAACAGCCGCCGGUUACCUCCAGCAUAUGACCCUGAUUCGCUUCCUGCCAAAGUUGGAACUAUGAAGAACAACGGGGGAGAUGCAAUUCAGCGCAAAGCGGUACCCGAUGGAACAGAACCCCCACCACCGCCACCCCCAAGACGAACUGGCACAGCUUCAAGCCAGGCGAUAGGGAUACAGCCACUUGCUUAUCGCCCAGGUUCAUCAGCCUCAUCUCAUGCGUCAAGCAUAUCACAGCAGACCAAGGACGGCAAAGGCCCGCCACCAAUUGCGAGGAAGCCGGCGUAUUUGAGCACAAGUGCCGCCAAUAGCCCAGUUGCUGCAGCUUCAUCCCAAGGGCUGCCAUAUGUGAACAAUACAGCUCCAGCACUUGCCCGGCGACCUGUGGCAAGCACCGCCAAUGUAGAUUUACUGGGUGGACUAGAUGAGAGCGGACAAGUGGGCGAAUGGCAGAGCCUACAGCCCUCCACAAAAUAG